AUGAGAUCUGUCAUAUAUUCUCUUCUGCUGGCGGCCGUCUCUGCCUCACCAGUGCCGGAUAUAGGAGAUGAGGUCCACUUAUUGCAAGAGAGACAGGACAAUAGCAGUUCCUCGUCGCUCCUGCCAUAUUCUCUGCCACCGAAUGGACCAGACGUCCUCAGAGCCGCGGACAUCACUACCAAACAGUUGACGUUCACAUAUGGCCCUCCUGUUGGUGUUGGGCCUUAUUAUCCUGCCGGGGUCCUCGGAACGACAUAUGCAACGAUGGACGGCGCAAUAGACGACGCAGAGCUCGCUGCGCAAGUGACCAUUAUGAGGACCGACGACGCGAAGGCCCGUCUGGAUAAUGCAAAGUACAACGGUCUCAAGACGUUGGACGAUUAUACAAAAUUAUAUGACGGCGAAUGGCAACCGAGUUCCCAACCGACUGGCCAAUAUGAUGGAAUUCUCACCAACUAUACGCAGGAUCUAUUGUUCUCUAUGGAACGACUCUCGUUCAAUCCGUAUGCUGUACGGCGAUUGAACCCUCCCAGCGACAGCAUACCAUUCGAAGUUGACAACGCGAUCGUUGCCAAAGUCACUGGCCAAACUUUGGAGAGUCUCUUCACGUCUGGAAGACUGUUCUACGUCGAUCAUACUGUCCAAGGAAGAUUGCAAAAAGCGCAACCACCGCAGUACGCCCCCGCAUGUGACGCUCUUUUCUACAUCUGUCCCUCCAGCGGCGAUUUAUUGCCGCUUGCAAUCCGCACUGGCGUCAGCAAUAACCUGGUUUACACCCCUGAGGAUACUGCCGACGAUUGGUUGCUUGCAAAGAUCAUGUUCAAUGUGAACGACUUCUUCAUGGCACAGUUCGACCAUUUCUCAAGGAAUCACUUCGUCGCCGAGAUUGUGCACGAAGCGGCUGUUCGUACGUUGUCUGACAGUCAUCCUGUUCUGGCUAUUCUGAAACGUCUUCUCUACGGCGCCUUUGGCAUUCGCCCACUGGCACUGGUGAUCCUCAUCCGACCUGGAGGUGACAUCGACCAAUACUUCGGAAAUUCGGGGGCUGCUGCUGCACAAUUUGCUAAUGAGACCUACUUUAACGGCUCAGCUGGUGCUCUCCGAUCGAACUACUUCCUGACUAACCUCGAAAAACGAGGCCUCAUCAACUCCCCAGUUGGUCCUGCACUCAAGAGCUUCCCAUUCUACGAAGACGCCACGCCCAUCUACAACGCCAUCAGAGACUUCACAGGGACCUUCAUCUCGUCAUACUACUCUUCCGACGCCGCCAUAUCAAGCGACAAGGAACUCCAAGCUUGGAUAAAGGAGGCCAACGGACCCGCCGGCGUCAUCGACUUCCCUACAAUCAAAACCCGCUCAAAUCUCGCGACCCUCCUCGCAGAAAUCGGCCGUCUCGUCUCAUUUUCCCACCACGCCAUCAAUCUCAAUCAACUCAUCACCGUCGCCUCGACCCUCCCCUUCCACCCAACAGCGCUAUACAAACCCAUCCCAACCGCCAAAAACGUCACAGACGUAGCAUCUUACCUUCCACCCCUCGACAAAGCCCUCGGAUUCAUCGGCGUAGCCGCCAACUUCGCUCGUCCAUUGCUGGCGAAUACGAACCGCUCCCUGAUCAACAUGUUCGACGAUCCGAUCAUGCUGCACCGCAUGAACAGUGCGACUCGAGCGGCGAAUGAGAAGUUCAAGAGCGCUAUGAGUGCGAGGAGUGAAGUUGUGAGGAAUCGCGGCUUUGAUGCGAAUGGGUUGAGUCAGGGGAUGCCGUUUGUUUGGCAGGCGUUGGACCCGGGGGUUGCGGCUUGGAGUUUGACGAUUUGA